CGCGUUUCCGUCCCCCCGCGUUCUUUUUCGCUCGGCGUGAGGGCGAACGGUGCGAAUUUGGGCCGAGGCGCAUGCGCAGAGAGCGCCUACGGCGGCCGAGUGGGGCCGUCCCGCCCUCGCCUUUUGUCCGGCGGGGGCGGCCGGCGGGAGCCCAGAGUUCUGAGCCUUUGUCUCGGGGAAGAGCCAGCCCCUCGCUCGGGCUCUGCUGGGCAUUGGAAAGGUUUUGCACCCAAACGAGCUGUGCCCUCUGUCAGCAGCAGCACACGGAGGUGGAUCCAGCCCGUCCCGACACCAUGGGCUCCAAGCAGAUCGCCCAGGAGACGUUUGAUGAUGCGGUGCAGGAGAACAUCACCGAGUUCGAGAUGGAGCCCGAGGAGGCUGUGAGAGAAGCCGUGCUGCAGUUCGAGUCCCAAGGUGUGGACCUGAGCAAUAUUGUGAAAGCUGUGAGACCUCCUGCCUCUGAGAACGGGCAGAGGCAAAAGCACCAAAUCCUGCUGACCCUGGAGAGCCUGAGCAGAGCCGUGGCAGAGCAGGACGUGGCCCAGCUGCCCCAGGAGCUGUCGGCCUUCGCGGCGCAGUGCAAGGAGCAGCUCGCCUUCCGCUACCUGGCCGGCCGCAACGGCGCCUACCCCGCCGUGCUCUCUGCCUGCCAGCUGGCUGCAGGGGACAGGGAGCUGCUGCUGCAGGCCUUCUGCACGCUGGCUGCCCUGCUGGACGGACAGCCAGACCUGCUGGACGCCGCGGGGCAGGAGCUGCUGCUGCGGAGCCUGCGGGAGCGGCGCGAGGACGCCGAGGUGACGCUGGCCGGGAUCCGCUGCGUGCGCCACGCCUGCCUCAAGCACGAGCACAACAGGCAGGGCUUUGUCAAGGGGGGAGUCCUCCCCCUGCUCACCGGGGCCAUCACCCAGCACGGCAGCAGUGCUGAGCUGGUCAGGACGGCAGCCUCGGCCCUCAGGGUCAUGACGUUCGACGAUGACAUCCGUGUGCCCUUCGGUCACGCCCACGACCACGCCAAGAUGAUCGUGCUGGAGAAUGAUGGGUUGAGAGUCCUCAUUGAGGCUGCAAAAGCCUUCAGGGAUAACUCCGGGGUUCUCAGCGAGCUCUGUGCCACCCUCUCCCGCCUCUCGGUCAGGAACGAGUUCUGCCAGGAAAUCGUGGACCUGGGGGGCUUAAAUUUCAUGGUGACGCUGCUGGCUGACUGCAUGGAGCACCCUGACGUGGUGAAGCAGGUGCUCAGCGCCAUCCGCGCCGUGGCCGGCAACGACGACGUCAAAGACGCCAUCGUGGACGCCGGGGCCACCGAGCUCAUCGUGCUGGCCAUCAGCCACCACCUGGGCAACCCUCAGAUCUGUGAGCAGGGCUGUGCAGCCCUGUGCAUGCUGGCCCUGCGCAAGCCCGAGAACUGCAGCGUCAUCAUGGAGGGCGGCGGGGCCCUGGCAGCCCUGCAGGCCAUGAAGGCUCACCCACGAGAGGUGGCUGUGCAGGUAGGACAGGCAGGGCUCUUCUCCUGAGCCCUGGGCUUGCCUCACAAAUCCUCUGAGCCCUGGGCUUGCCUGUAAAACCCAGGGACCCCUGGGCUUCCCUGUAAAACUCACUGACCCUGUGGCUUCCCUACAGACCCCACUGACCCCUGGGCUUCCCUCAGAAAUCCACUGACCUCCCUCAGACCUCGGUGACUCCUGGGCUUCCCUACCAACCCCAGUGACCCCUGUGGCUCCCUGCAGACCCCUGUGGUUCCCUGAAGUCCCCCAUGGCCCCCAGUGACUCCAUGGC